UUCUAUUGAAUCAAAACACGCAAAACCAAUUAGUGUUUAGUCUUCACUUUCAUAUCUCUUCGAAGCUUUCUUUCUCUUUUCUCACACACCCCUUCCCCGUUUUCUAAUGGCGCCAAAGGCAGAGAAGAAGCCAGCGGAGAAGAAACCUGCCUCUACCGCUGCAGAGGAGAAGAAAGCUGAGAAGGCUCCGGUAGGCGAGAAGAAGCCCAAGGCCGAGAAGAAGUUGCCCAAGGAAGCCGCUUCAUCUGACAAGAAGAAGAAGAGAUCGAAGAAGAGCGUUGAGACCUACAAGAUCUACAUCUUUAAGGUCUUAAAGCAGGUUCAUCCUGACAUCGGUAUCUCUAGCAAGGCUAUGGGUAUCAUGAACAGCUUCAUUAAUGAUAUCUUUGAGAAGCUUGCUCAGGAAUCUUCAAGGCUUGCAAGGUAUAACAAGAAGCCUACAAUUACUUCCAGAGAAAUUCAAACUGCUGUUCGCUUGGUUUUACCUGGAGAGCUUGCAAAGCACGCUGUUUCUGAAGGGACUAAGGCCGUCACAAAGUUCACUAGUUCUUAGGGUUUCGUAGAUAAUAGUUACUGUUGCUAGGGUUUCUAUUCUCCUCGUAUAUGGAUGAUUUGCUUUUGUUACUUAUGUAUCGCAGUUAGGGUUUCUUGGCUGUAAAGAUUAGCUUUUGCCCCCCUUUUUUUUUUAUAUGUAAUUCUCUGGCCUGCUAUCAAUUAAUGAAUCAUCCUGUUUGAUCUAAAA